UCAUAAUCAAAUCAAUAAAUUAUUAAAUUUUAUGCAUUUAAAUUCCGCUUUAAAAUUUACCAAAUUAUAUAGCAUGCAAAGAAGAAGCAGCAUUAACGGCAAUAAAAUAGUGAAACUCCUCUGCAACACAGUCAAUGCGUCUAUUCCCAUUGCAUUUACAUCGCACACUCCUGUUUGCCCAUAGGAGAGAGCGAGAUAAACAUAUACGUUUCAAGAGAGGUUAUGCUAAACGGGCAUGAACUGUGAAUUUUAUUUGCUGUAGCCGAGAAAAACGCGAAUAUACCAUAGCGCACAUAUUUUCUUUUAAUUUUUCGUUUAUUUUUACUCGAGAACGGUUAAGAAAUUGUAAAAUAUUUGCCUUUUUAACUAGUGCAAAACUUGGCUUAAGUAUUUACCCAGCAAAUUGAGAGAAGGUACAUAAAAUUGCCUAUAAUAUAACGAAAAAUAAAGUGGAGUAAGAGGAAGCAUCGGGCACCGCCAUUCGCGGAAGCACCACUGAAGGCAGAAAAAACAAACAUUUGGAGUUUUAAUAAAUUCUCAUCAGUAAAAUUAAGGAAAUAUGAAAUGGGUAUACGCCCAGCUAACGCUUCAAUCAAGCAAAAGCCAAGUUUAAAGAAAUUAAUAAACAAGUAAAAUCCAAACAAGUAGACAAAAAUAUAUAGAGAACACAAAUUGUGCAAGUGAAUGUCGCUUCUAAAUUAAAACAAGAACAUAAAAAGUAAACAAACAGCGCUUGCCGGUGAUUGGCGCCAAAACGCCACCCACAACUAACUUAAAACGCGACUACAAUACGUUGUGAACAAAUAUACGAUUUUUUUUUUUAAUUUCCAAAAAAGUCAGGCGUGCAUACGUUACUUUUAGUUGGGUAAAUUUUUGUGCAGCUAAAAAAGAAGUACUUGAUUAACAUAAACCGUGAAGAAUAUAAACGAACAAAAUAAAAAAAGAAGUAAACGCGUAGCAGAUUUUUGAAACAUACAGUCGGUUUAAAGCAACGUGGCUGAAACAGCAGCAACAGCAAAGCCUACAACAGCUGAUCGCCCGAAUCUUUACUUUCAGGCAAUGCCUUCUGCCAUAAGCGGUACUGGACACGGCUCAGGCGCCGUUAGCCAUAAUGUGAAUAUACCAAGUAAUGAAGAGUGCGGCAUACGCGAUGUUUGGAAGCAUAAUUUGGAGGAGGAAUUCCGCACCAUACGCAAAGUCGUACAAAAAUAUCAUUAUGUGGCAAUGGAUACGGAAUUUCCCGGUGUUGUAGCGCGUCCCGUUGGCGAAUUUCGUUCCACAGCCGAUUAUCACUAUCAGCUGUUGCGUUGUAAUGUCGAUUUGCUGCGCAUCAUACAACUUGGACUGACAUUCAUGGAUGAUGAGGGCAAAACACCGCCCGGUUACUCAACGUGGCAGUUUAAUUUUAAAUUUAAUUUAAGUGAGGAUAUGUAUGCGCAAGACUCUAUAGAUCUGCUACAAAACUCCGGCAUACAAUUCAAAAAGCACGAAGAGGACGGCAUUGAUCCGCUCGAUUUUGCCGAAUUACUUAUGUCCUCCGGCAUUGUGCUGGUGGAUAACAUCAAAUGGCUGUGCUUUCACUCCGGCUACGAUUUUGGUUAUCUACUCAAAUUGUUAACCGAUCAACAUCUGCCCGCUGAUGAGAGUGAAUUUUUCGAAUUGUUACGCAUCUAUUUUCCCAACAUCUACGAUAUAAAAUAUCUGAUGAAAUCGUGUAAGAAUUUAAAAGGUGGCCUACAAGAGGUGGCCGAUCAAUUGGAGUUGCGUCGUGUUGGGCCACAACAUCAGGCCGGUUCUGAUGCGCUGCUAACCGGAAUGGCAUUCUUCAAAAUGCGUGAGAUGUUCUUCGAGGACAAUAUCGACAAUGCCAAGUAUUGUGGCCAUCUCUAUGGAUUGGGUACAUCCUUCAUUGUAAACGGCACGAAUUUCCACGAAAGCAACGGCGACAACAGCAAUGCAACGUGAUUCGUUUUUAUUGAACGCACGGCGAAUACGGCGAAUAACUAAUUGUGAGAGAUGAAGACGUCGCGCAGUUUCGAAUCGGUGAUACCUUUUUGUAUUGGUGGGAAAAAACACACAUUUUUCAAAAUAACAACAACAACAGCAACAAAAACAAAUUGACUGUUUAGAAAAGUAGAGACGUUGCAGCAAGCAAAUGGGUUUAAAUUUAAGCAAAAACAAAAACAAAAAAACGCAUAAGAACAAUUUGUAAACAAGGAGGGCGCACCAACAAACAAACAAACACAUGCAGUUAAAAUAAUUAUUAUUUCUCAAACCAAAAACAA